AGGGGUGGCGUCUGCCUCUACUCUUUUCUCAGUUGCCCUGGGGAAAAACCCGGCCAUUUGCUAAUAUCCAGUCCUAACUUUCCUCCCUCAUUUGAGGCAGGGGAGUGGACACUUCCGUCAUUGCUUACUCUCUUUCUGUGGGACAGUGAAGACAGACAAAGAUGAGAAAAGGGCCCUUGCUGUAGGUCUUCUCGCUCAGUUUACCUCACUUUCUGGAAAGGUGCCGCUGGCCUUGUGCCACUCAGUAUCUUCCUGGCUAGUUGAUUAGCCCCUUGCCUGUGGGGCCCUUGCCGUGUGCUCGGGAGUCACCUGCUUCAGCCCUGGGAGCUUCGGCGCUGCUCGGCAACCAUUCCUGGGCCACGUGGCUUCACCCCGAGGUGUAGACGGUGAUUGCUGGAUAAAUGUUGCUUGGCAGGAUUGUUAUGUAAGGUAGAUUUUCGGUUCCUCUUGUCCCCAAGUUUACAGGAAACUUUUUUUGGACAUUUCCUUUCAAACUCAUUCUGAUGAAGGAAAGAGCAUCGCUGUGCAGCUGCAUGCCCUUGGAUUCUUUGGCUCUGACUCCAUGUGUGGCUUCAUCUAAGUGGCCUGGUCCACGGGCAGUGAAGAAAUUUAAAGUGCCUGUGAGCUCACGUUCCCCUCGGGGUAUCAGCUGCUUCCCCACAUUGUCUGGAGAUGCGUGUUGGAGAAAGGCUGAAGGCCAGGCUUUAGUCUCUGAAACUUCUGAUGAUUUGAAGCAGAGGGGCGUUCAGGGGCCCAGGACCAAGGGGAGACCUGGGAAUCGUGCCCCCUCUUCCAGCUCUGAGCUGCCCCCAUUCCGGGCUGCUCGAGAGUUGACACUCCCAGCCGUGGGAUGCUGGAGGCAGGAGGUCAGAAAAUACCCAAAGAACAGCUGCAGCCCUUACCCCUCCAUGAUUCCUCGGUUCUGCAGGGAUUGGGGUCUGCGUCAGGUACACCUUGGAAACCAGCAGCCUGGGCUGUUACUGCUGAUUUCUGAAGAAAGUGCCGGCGGUGUCUGUUCCAGUGUGAACUGGGGAAGAGGCAACGUAAGACACGCCCUGCCUUGUGUCUUGCUGCCCCCUGUGGCUCCCAUCUACUGUCGGCUGCAGCCAGGCCCUGCUCAGCCUCAAACCCAUGCCUCAGCUUCACCCCACCCUGCGUCUGCCCUGGGGUGUCUCUUUUUCUUUUUUUACUCUUAUAUUCGUUCCUCUGAUCUAUGUUUUCCUUUUGUUCCUGGCUGAUUUGGGGGUAGGGAGCCAGAACCCCAGGCUGAUUCACCAUCUCCAUCUAAAGGCCAUUUUCUGUUUACCACCCUGCCUAGAAAUAAGUUGCAUUUUACUCUGUAGCACUUAACACAAAUAACUUGAUGUAGGUACCUCCAGGAAAUAUUUCUGCGGAAUGAAUAAGCCCUCGUUGCAUUUCCAGAGCUGCAUGAUGUCUGUGCUGAGCGGUUCGGUGUGGGGUGCUCCUCUGGAGGUGCUGAGCAGCUCGGCGUAGGGGUGCUCCUCUGGAGGUGUCUGCUUGAACCAGCUGGGCAGUAACCCUCUGGAACAAGACAAUUCAUGUGAGAUAAGAAAGAAGAGCCCACAAGACCAAGAAUGCAUUCUCAGUUUACAGACCACUGACCAGAGACCACUGCAGGGUGUCAGGACUAAGAGAAGUCACAAAACAGCGGGUUUCCCAAGAGCAGUGGAAAAUGAUCCAGUCACAGAUAUCAUUUGAGGAUGUGGCUGUGGAUUUCACGUUGGAGGAAUGGCAGCUACUUAAUCCUACUCAGAAGAACUUGUACAGGGAUGUGAUGUUGGAGAACUAUAGCAAUCUGAUUUUCUUGGAAGUCUGGCUAGAUAAUCCCAAAAUGUGGCUCCGAGAUAAUCAAGACAACCUUAAAAGUAUGGAGAGAGGCCAUAAAUAUGAUGUUUUUGGAAAAAUAUUUAAUUCAAGCAUAAACGUUGUUCAUGUAGGAAUGAGAUCCCAUAAAUGUGGCACAGGAGAAAAAAGUUUGAAACGUCCUUUUGAUUUGCUUAUUCCAAGAAAUAACUGUGAAAGAAAGAAAAUUGAUGAGCUCAAUAAUAAAUUAUUAUUCUGUAUCAAACCUGACAGAACCCAUGGUGGAAUAAAACGCUGUGAUUGCAAUACAUGUAGAAAACCCAGCAACAAAGAGCCAUGGCUCACUGCCAGUCACACACACACAGGAGUCUAUUUAUGCGUGGAAUGUGGCAGAUUUUUUAACAAGAAGUCACAACUUAUUAUUCACCAGAGAACUCAUACAGGAGAGAAGCCCUAUCAAUGCAGUGAGUGUGGAAAAGCCUUCUCACAGAAGUCACUGCUCACUAUUCAUCAAAGAACUCACUCAGGAGAAAAACCGUAUGGGUGCAGCGAAUGUCAGAAAGCUUUUAGUAGGAAGUCACUCCUCAUUUUACAUCAGAGAAUUCAUACUGGAGAGAAGCCGUAUGGAUGCAGUGAAUGUGGAAAAGCCUUCAGUAGGAAGUCGCAGCUUAAAAGACAUCAGAUAACUCACACAAUAGAGAAACCCUACAGUUGCAGUGAGUGCGGGAAAGCAUUCUCGCAGAAAUUAAAACUCAUCACACAUCAGAGAACGCACACAGGAGAGAAACCCUAUACGUGUAGUCACUGUGGAAAAUCCUUCUUUUGGAAGUCGCAGCUUAUUACUCAUCAGAGGACCCACACAGGGAAGAAACCUUAUGCAUGUAGUGAGUGUCAAAAAGCCUUCAGCAGGAACUCACUUCUCAUCAGGCAUCAGAGGAUUCAUACAGGAGAGAAGCCCUACGAAUGCAAUGAAUGUGGUGAAGCCUUCAUCAGAAAACCACAACUGAUUAAACAUCAGAUAACUCACACAGGAGAGAAGAACUAUCGAUGCAGUGAUUGUGAAGAGGCCUUCUUUAAGAAGUCAGAGUUAAUAAGACAUCAAAAAAUUCACUUAGGAGAGAAACCAUAUGGAUGCAUUCAAUGUGGGAAAACCUUCUUUGGGAAGUCCCAGCUCCUAACGCAUCACAGAACACACACUGGGGAGAAGCCUUAUGAAUGCAGUGAGUGCGGGAAGGCCUUCACCCAGAAGUCAAGCCUGAUAUCACAUCAGAGAACACAUACAGGUGAGAAACCCUAUGAGUGCAGUGAAUGCAGGAAAACCUUCAGUGAGAAGUCAAGUCUCAUUCAUCAUCAGAGAACUCAUACUGGAGAAAAGCCCUUUGAAUGUAGUGAAUGUAGGAAAGCUUUUGCCUGGAAGCCACAGCUUCUUAGGCAUCAGAGAAUUCAUACAGGGGAGAAACCCUAUGAAUGCAAUGAAUGUGGGAAAGCAUUUGUUCAGAAAGUGCAGCUCAUUAAGCAUCAAAGAAAUCACACGGGAGAGAAAACCUAUGGAUGCAAUGAUUGUGCAAAAGCUUUCUUUGAGAAGGCACAGCUUAUUAUACAUCAGAGAAUUCAUACAGGAGAGAGACCAUAUAAAUGUGGUGAAUGUGGGAAGUCUUUCACGAGAAAGUCACACCUUAUGAGACAUCAGAGAAUUCAUACAGGAGAUAAAUACUAUGGAUGCAAUGAGUGUGGGACCACCUUCAACAGGAAGUCGCAGCUUAUGAUACAUCAGAGAAAUCAUAUAAUAUAAAAAUCAUAAGUUUGGUGAAUUCAGGAAGGUUGCUAUCAAAUGUCAUACUUUCUAACACUUUUGAGGAUGAAUAAGGGAGAGAAACCCUAUUGAGGCAGUGACUGUUGAAAAAGCUUGAAUUGGGGAGUCAAGAGUCACUAUGCAGAAUUUAGAAAGGAGAGUUUUUUAAAAGUAAACAAUGUAAAAAAAGUCAUCUCCCAGAAGACACUACUCAUUACAUAUUGGAUGACUCAUUGAGAUGAAAACCUUAUUAGUGUUGUGAUAGUACAGAAGCUUUUAGUCAAAAGUCAGCUUAUCAAAUGUUUAGAAUACCUAAACAGGAAGAAAAUUAUAUUGUUAUAACAAGCAAGUGAAAGAUUUCAAGAAAGGACAACUCACUGUGCACUUGAGAAUAAUACCUACAGAGGUUCAUACUGACGAGUAGUCUCAAUGUAAAGAAUUUGAUAAGCGUGAUGCUAUUGAAAUAGUUCUGUAAGGAAGUGGUGUUCUUUAUAUAUAAAUUAUUACAAAAAGCAGUCAAUUGUAAGUGUUAGGUGUGUUUACUUAGAUGUGAAGAGUUCUGCUUUUUGCUGUGAUGGAAUAACAAGAGUCAGAUUUCCUUUCCUGCCUUAAACAACUAGAAGCUGUCCAAUACAUAUAAUAUAUAAUGGUUUUUAGACAUAGGACAAGCACAGUAGAUUUUCUCUCCUGCCUUAAACAACUAGAAGCUGUCCAAUACAUGUAAUAUAUGACAGUUUUUAGACAUAGGACAAGCACAGGUUUGUGAUCCUCAGGAGACUGUAGACAGAGUGAGGUGAGCACCAUGGUUUCUCAGCCUGGCCCCUCAUGGCAGUUACUAGGCUGCAGUUCAGGGAGGGGAAACAGUAAAUCUUGCUGAAUUGAAGAGACAGGAUUGGCAGUUGGGGAGGCCACAGCAGCUAGAAUUUGCAGGGGAAAGUACUGGAGAGAUGGGAUCUCCCUAGAGACAAGGCUCAAGAAGUCUGCAGACAGUCCCCUGAGUCCUUUGGCUUAGUACUGACUUGGCACUGAGGCCAGGAAAAGAAGCACUGGAAAGCAGCAGGCUGAACAAUUCCUGGAACUCAUGCAGGGCUGGGAAUAGUUUAUGUUCUCAGCAGCCAGAGUGGAAACAGAUUCGAACACAUGGAGCAUCAGGUAGAAUUCUCAGAAGGGUUUUGUUUUAGUAGUGAGGCUAAUUAGCUCUAGAUUAAAAAGCUACUCUGGACCUGUAGUGUUCGGCAUCCAAAAAAAAACUUAUCUGGCAUGCAAGGAAGCAAUAAAGUAUGACUUAUAACCAGGAGAAAAAUCAAUAGAAACCCAGAAAAGACAGAGGUGAUGGAAUUAGUAGACAAGGAUAUUAAAAGAGCUAUUGUAAAUAUAAAGUAGAGGAAAACAAUACCCCCACAUAUGCAAGAAGUUGAUGAAACCUGAGGUAUAAGAGAUAUUUUUAAUGGCCAAAAUAGAACUUCUAGGGAUGAAAACACCUUCUGAUUUUGUUAAAAUCCCGGGUGGAGAGAUUAGAUACAGAAAAAGAAAAAAAUCAAUAAACUUGAAGAGUAAGAAUAAAAACUACCAAAAUGUUAUACAGAGAGAAAAAAAGACUUAAAGAGAAUAGGAAAACAGUUACAGUGGUGUAAUAUAUGUGUAACUGGAGUCCCAGAAGGAGAGGAGAAAAUGAAGAGGCAGGAAGAAGUAUUUGAAUAAAUAUUGGCUAAAGAUUUUCCAAAUCUGAUGAAAACAAUACCCCCACAUAUUCAAGAAGUUCAAAUGACCUGAAGUAGAAUAAACAUAAUUUAUUUCACAGCAGUGCACCUCAGAGUCACAUUCAAGAAAGGCACUGAUAAACAGAAUAAUUUUAAAACACCUUGAGAAAAAAAGGUAAUACAUACACAGGAACAAAGAAUGGCAGCAAAUUUAUGGUGAGAACUAUGCAAACUAUAAAACAAUGGAGUAUUAUCUCUAAAUUCCUGAAUGAAAUAAACAACAAACCCUGCAACCUAGAAUUCUGUUUCCAUCAAAAACGUUUUCAAAAAUGAAGGCAAAAUAAAGACUGUUUCAGACAAACUAAAUCAAAGAUAAUUUUAUUACCUAUAGACCUGUCUUCGGGAAAUAUGAAAGGAAGUUUGAGGGCAGCAGGAAAAUAAUACAAAACUUAAGUUUGGGUCUGUACAAAGGAAUUAAGUUCUGAAAAUGGUGAAUAUGUCGGUAAAUAUAAAAGAUAUUUCUCUUUUUUAAAAGGGAAUUGGCUGCUUAAAGCCAAAGUAAUGAUAACAUAUUUGGAGUUUAUUUAGAAGUAAAGUGUGAUGAUGAUAACACUUAAGUGUGAAUUGUUAAAUAUAGUUGAGUAGACUGCAUCAUCUGAGUCAGAAGCCUGUUCCUUCCGGGCUCAGGGUAACUUGAAUUUGUACCAGGCACAUGACAGAAAUUGUGUGGAUUGUGGAUCUGCAUGUGUGCUGAGUGUUCCCUAUUUCUCUGAUUCCUUUUCCCCCAUUUUCUGCUCUGCUACCCCCUGCAAGACUGUCUUCUAGAGACUGGGGUUUCUUCAUAGGUUUGAACAAUGGGAGAUACCAGAAAGAGAUCAGAUGGGAGGAGAAAAAAAGGUAUUUUUUACCAUUCCCUUCCUCCUGCCUGGACCAUGGUUUAGGUAGUUUCUGUGUUCCUAUAAGGAUACAGCUCCCUUUGGGAAGCCCCCGUCUAUGGCCGUAGAUCUCUUGGUUUCAGUUGACACCAUUCCCUCUCCAUGAUCUUCAGACUUUACUACUGGGUGCUUCCCCAACCCACUGGUUGGGUGUCUUUAAUUGUGAACACAUAUUUGUAAAUAGUGCCUUUAUUUGUUCUUAAGUUAAUCUUUUGAGUGUGCCAUUUGUUUUCUGUGCCAUCUGUUAAAUGAUGGGCAUUUAAUAAAAUUGUGAUAAUCAAUUAUCAGUACAAGUGCCUCAUAGUGCAUGGGCUGAAAUGUCUCAAGAUUCCCCACACUAUAUAUCAGUAUUUUUCUAUCUGUAUUUGGACAAUGCAGUAGAAAUUAUAACAAAUACAAAGUUCUUUGUGCUUUUCUGCUGCAUAUGUCAGUGGCUCUGGAGAUUGUUACCAUCUGCUACAUAUAUAAAUGGACUUGCAGUUAUUACUAAGCCCCUCUUCAGUAAUAGAAAGACUUAUGAAGUCUUUUACUACCUCUGGGUCAGCCAAACAACCUUCAAAAAGCAUCGUUAUUUAGGUUAAAUAUCCAUGGACAAGAAACAAGAUAAUCAGUUACUGAGUGAAGAAAGACAAGAAUGAUGUCCCACACUUCCCAGCUCUCUAAAGUGUUAUGCUGUACAAUUAAAAUAUCCCUGUCCCAUCAUCUGCUAUUAUUUAUUGUGUAUAAUUCAUGUAAUCUGUAACCUGUGGGCAAGUCUUUACCCUUCAGUAGUCAAGAUUAUGUUACAGACUUUGUCCAAGAAUCCACACCACCUUUCCCAUCAGUUCUCACCAGAAAUAUGAUGCCAAAAAGAAAAGCAGCUUUUCUAAGAUCAAGCCAGAGUUGCUUCUCUUACAACCUUAUGGCGCUAAUAAAUUAAGUUGAAGUAGACUGCCAAAGAGGCCCAGUGCAGAGGGCAGCACCUCCAUCAUUUUUUGAAUUUCUCCCUUAGGAAUUUUGCCUUUCUUUCUCUUCUGUCCACCAGUCAUUCUCUCCGGCUGGGACACAAACCUUUGACAGGAAGUAAUUGCCAUUAGGCUUCAAGCAGUGGUUUUGCCUUUCACUUGAAUUUGCAUUUCAACCUGCAUUUUGAAGAUCUUUACACAUGUUUUCUAUUUUGGACAAUGCCAGAAGGCUUCGUUGACAUUGUAGUCGGUGUUAAUAAACUUGUGUAUCACUCUGCUCUGGUCUUUCAGGAACUGACUAGCAAAUGAGAUGAAUACAUUGGGACUUUGGCAUGAUUUGAGUAUAGCAUUGUGAGUUGCCUGUGAUUGUCUCUCCCUAGUUGUGCUGUAAUAACCUGUGUAUGAGAAUAAAAUGAUUUCCACCGUCA